UCGCUUAGACGCUCACUGUUUAGUUGGAAUAAUUACCGCGGCGAAUAAAUACGAGCGAUUCUGAUAAAUUGCGAGUGAAACGACCGAAUUGUGUCACGUAGGCUAAUAUUCCCAAUGCUAACUAGCUAGCUGUCAGGUGGCGGGGUAAUUUUCUAAGACCGCUGGUUAGCAGUCAUGGUUUGGGAGUACAGUAUUUUGAAGUAAGCGAGACUCGAUACAAACAACCAUGAGUGCUUUUUACUGCGCUGUGUGCAGACAGACGUUUUUCUCUGGGAAAAAACACAUCUUUGGGAAAAGCCACCAGAGCAAACUUAAAGUUGUCCUCGUUAAAUUUCUGGAAAAGGUAAAAGAAGCGCGUCGGAAGAUGAAGAGCCCACAGGUGGAGAAGUUUGACUGCAGUGAACACGAGUGUAAAUUCUGGUGCUAUUGCUGCAGCCUGGAGGUGCAGAAACAUGUGUCCAACGGUAAUAUUACAGUGCUGUUUGGAGGUCUGCUCGAGCAUAUGGCCACCCCUCAACACAAGAAGAACACAAAUACUUUUUGGUGGGAGAACAAGGCAGACCCAAGACUGAAAGAGAAGUUUUUAUUCACCCUAGAGGAAAUUGAAAGGUUUAAAACCGAGGUGGCAAAAGCAGUGGAUUCCUUUGAAGAGAAGGAAGAUGUGCUCAUAAAGGAGCAAGCUGCCUACAUCCGAGCUCAAGAGCAACACAGACAGGAAGUCCUGCAGUCCCUGUUUGAGCCUGAGCCAGAACAGAAUCCGUCUGAUGGGCCAAGCCAGUGUGCAUCAGACGACACGGAAGCCAGUGCUCCCCUUAUUUCUCAGGGACGAGCGGCUAAGCCUGGUCCCAGCUGGGUCGACCCAGCGGAAGAAAGCCAGGGACCUGGACCCAGGAAUGGCCUAACCUUCAUUGGUUUCCAGGACUUUGUGGAUGGUGGAAAUGUUCACACUGGUGCUGUCCCGCCCUGGCUACUGGACGACCCCCAGGAAGGUGGCUCGCAAGCGGUGGGGCGAGAGGUCGGCCCGUCUCUACAGGACUUCCUUAAACAGAAGGAGCUGGAGAAGUUGCGGAAGCUUCCGGCGAACCGCGUCGGGGCCAAUUUCGACCACAGCUCCCAGACGGACGCCAGCUGGCUGCCCUCGUUCGGCCGGGUGUGGAACAGCGGCAGGAGGUGGCAGUCCCGACACCAGUUCAGAGAGGAGGAGGGCCAGGCGAGCGGGCAGAAGAGGAGGAAGGAUAGCCGGGGGAAAGGGGCCAAGAGACGACGCACACAGGACCGGCCGUGAGCGCAUCAGCCGUGACUCGCUGACCUCCGCCCUCCAGGGGGCGCUUGUACAUAUUUUGUUGCUCAGCAAUGCCUGUGAGGGCCCUUUGGAGCAGGAAGGACAACUGGACUCGGGACACGUGCGUUGUCAAACGGUUCUGGAUUUGGUUAACUUCCAGUGAGACAUCCCGGUGAAGCCCACGCCAGUCUGAAAGAAGUCCCGCUAUGGGUUUUGAUUCAGGAGACCACAGAUGAACCGUGUGCUCUCCUUGAACACAUGCAGUGACAUUGCUUGGGACCAAAAACACAUGACUGAAAAUUUGAUGCUUCCUAGAUGAACUUGUAAGGGUUAUUGCUGCUCUGAGUGAUUCAGAAGCUGUGACUUUGAGAUUUGAGGAACUGAGUGUCAGAUCUUCAAGAAUGUAGGUACUGGUACUGCUGUAGCAUCUUGGUCUUUGUAUUCCAGGUUCAUUUUCCCUGUAAAAACCCCUAGCAGUAUAACUGGCAACAGUGUGUAAUAUUCGCUUCGAUGGCUUCGUCAAUAUUUCUGGUCUUCACUCAGCCUGAAAUAAGCCUGAGUGGAUAUUGAGUGGAAUAGGACAUUUACAUUUUUUCAUCAUUAUAAUAAAUGAAAUGGCACACGGUUCAAAUAAAGAGCUUUAUUUAAAAGAGUGAUAUGAUUUCACAGUGUGGAGCAGGAAUUUUUAACCAUGCCGAACGUUUGUGUGUCACCCUGUGGUGAGUCAGCCAGGUACGACUCUGUCAGUUGUUCUGAAACACUGGGUACAUCUUCUUUUCCUUGGAGCAAUAGAUUGGUAGGCUCCUCUUCCUCCUCUUUGGUCGGAGGUUGUUUUUGGGGGAGGCUUGGUCUAGUUCUUGUGCCCCAUGAUAUCAUGGUGUCUCUCCAGGUGAUCCAGAUAAAUCUAGAGAUUUCUAUUUCUUCAUUCUCAUUUCACAGUGCAGCUAGUUUCCAGCUUGCAGAUGUUUUUGUUUAGUCCAUGUAAUGCUCGCUGUUCAUGUGAAAGCCAAAGUAACUUCAACCAUUGUUCACCCAUUAAGCUUGCAACCAAAAUGUCCAGUUAUAUUGUGCAUGUUAAAAACAAAAAGGAUGACUAAAUCAUAUCGACUAAAUUUAUCUGUCAAUCUUUGUUUGCUCUUAAGAUUAAUUUAAACUGACCAUCUGGAUAUUAGCCAACAGACUUUCCAUUUUGAGUACCAAUUCUCUAUGUAGACAUACUACAUUAAAAAUUUUAAUGACAUUUUGGGUUGCUUUCAUAUUUCAAUAAUGACAUUGAGUUAGGUCUUUCAUCUCAGUUUGCCAUUUAGAAUUUUGAUUUCGCAAAACAGUUUUUGUUGAAGCUUUAAGGAACUGAAACCUUGAAUAUUUCCAGUAAGUAUAAACCCUGCAUGUAGGCAUGCUUUUUGUGAACAAUGUUUAUUGAGUAACUUUCCACAUAAAGUACAUUAUGGUUGGACAAGGGUAAUAAAAAAACAAGCCAAAAUAAAUACUAUAAAAUGGACUAUGAAUAAGAACAUCAUACUGUAGUAACUCAACAAUUUGACAUAAGUUAUCUAUCAACUUGUUGGAAGUACCAUGGUGUGAUUUACCCAUUAUGAAUUCCUUAAUGCGUGUUCAAAAGGUUUUUUUCUUUUUUCUUUUUUAGCUGGUUAGUUUUCUUUGACUUUGCUUCUAUGGAUGUACUUUGAUUUGCAAAGAGAAUAUGAAAUCCAUUCGGAACAUUGUCAGUAUUUUUAGAUGUCUACGGCUGCGUUUAUGUAACUGCCAUAAUUACAAUAAACCUGUGACUGUGAA